AUGGUUUCCUCAUAUGAGUUGGCCGAUAUCAAUCGUGGCAAAUCCUUGACAUCAAUAAAGAAUUCUAUACCGUACCUUCAAAUCUUGACAACUCCAACUAUACUGGGUAUAUGGAUCGGUGCCGUUGGAUGUCUUCUCGCUUUGCAGUUGAUGCAAAUGUUCUCGCCCCUUUACAUUCGUGAAGUACUGCAGUAUUCCGUACAGAAAACCGGCUUUGCUGCCGCUCUUCCGGUUCUAUUUCAGUGCCUUGUAAAGGUUGUUGCCGGCUACAGUAGCGACCAAAUACGAAGCAUAUCGGAAACGACAAAGCUUCGCAUCUACAACAGCGUUUCAUUAGGAGCAAGUGCCUUGGCUUUCUGUGCAUUGGCUUUCGUCAAAAAAGGAGAGUCUAUUUGUGGGAUUGUGCUCAUCACACUUGCCACCGCAAUGUUCGGUCUUAUUGGUGCAGGUUUCGUAAAGUGUGCGACACUAGUGUCGCGGCAACAUAGCCAUUUCGUGCUUGCUAAUAUUCAAAACAUCUGGUGCUCUACCAUGUUGAUCUGCCCAGUCGUGGUUUCAUUUCUGCUUCCCACAGGAGCUAUGGAAGAGUGGCGAGCAGUAUUUCUCAUUCACGCUGGUCUGCUGCUUCUAUCAAACGCAGUCUUUUGUUGGCUGGCCACUGCGAAACCUGCGCCAUGGACGGACUCAUCCAUCACCACGUCAUCUAAGAAGAAUACUCCGAUGAUUUCAUGGGGAUUCACAGUCUGAAAUCUUGUGCACAUGAUCUCAUGCCAUAGACCACAUUUCCGCUAUAUUUUGCUAUCUGGGGC